UCUGUUUGACGAUGAAGCAUUGACCGCUCCGACACCUCCUGGAACUUCGAGCCCUCGAGUCUCACGGGGUACAAAACGAAAGCUCAACAUUACUAAUAGUGAAGUUCCACCAUGACUCCCGUGGUGUUUUCAAGCCUGAUGACGCUUCUCUGCUUGUCAUCUUCAACAACGGUGAGACUGAAUGACGCCAAAGGAAACUACAGUGUCUGUAACGAACCCGUCUGCAUUGAGCGAGCAAAGAUGAUAAAUGAGUCACUCAACACAUCCGUUGAUCCUUGCGAUGAUUUCUACUCAUACACCUGCGGAGGCUGGAUAGACAAACACGAAAUACCAGACUCCAAGUCGGCUAUUGUGAGCUUCACCAUAAUCAAAGAAGAGCUGCAAAUGACUCUGAAAUAUAUAUUGGGAAACAUCACACUAAAACAGACGGACCAGAAUAUAACGAACAAGCUUGCUGCGGCCUACAAUGCCUGCGUCGCGGUUCCAGAAAAAGGAGAUCAACUCGAAGUUCUGCGCAGUUUGAUGAAUAAUUCCGGAUUUGGUGAGUGGCCAAAAACGCCCGGUGAAGACAACUUGAAUGUCAGUACAAAAAACUGCACUGAGGUGCUUGCAAAUAUUCCCAUCACUACCUUAUUCAAAAUGGAUGUAGACAGAGAUUUGACGCAGCUUACAUCGUAUGUUAUUAAGAUGGAUCAGUUACGGUUUAAGACGGUAGGCAGGAAUCAGCUCAUCCAUCCAAAUAAAACAGGAAACGAAAACAUAACGGCGGCUUACAAGGAAGUUGUUAAGAUAGCGUUGAAGCUUAUGAAGCCAAAUAUCACUGAAGACGAACAAGCGUCACUCGCUGACAAACUUAUACAUUUCGAAGGACAGUUGGCGAACUUAACGGCACCUGCGGAAGAGCGGCGCAACAUACUAGACCGUUAUCACAGAACCAACAUCAGUGAAUUGGAAACAAAUUUUACCAGUGUUCCACUGCUAAAGAUGCUUAAUAAACAGUUUUCAAACGUCAAUAUUACGUUAAACGAAAGCGAAACAAUAGAACUAUUUGCUUUAAAGUACUACGAUAAACUAAACGAAUUUCUACAGAAUGUCGACUGCGACACCCUGUACAACUUCGCCGGCCUGAAACUCGUGUUGGGUUGGGCUGGGCUCGCAUCGGGGAAAUUCCGCAAUGCUUCAUUCAACCUAAGACAUGUGUCGACUGGAAUCCUCGUCGACAAGGAGAGAUGGGAACAUUGCGUCAACACGAUGAACGACAUGAUGCCAGAGAUCGUUGGCUACCUGUACGUCCAACAUAAGUUUAGCGAGCAAGCCAAGCAAGAGGUGGAAGACCUUGUGCGCAGGAUUCGGGCAAUAUUCAACGAAACAAUCGUGGGAAGCGACUGGAUGGAUAAUGCAACCCGAAGUGCCGCAGAGAGAAAGUUGGCAAAAAUGAUUACAAAGAUCGGUUACCCAAGCUGGCUACUCAACACAACAUAUCUUGAACAACAUUACAAAUACGUUCCAAAUCUAAACCUCAGCUUUUCGUUUUUGGAGACGUAUUACUACAUAGAAGGAAACAACUGGAAGCGGCAACUAUCGCACUUGGGAAAAGAAUACGACGUGGAAUCUGUGUAAGAAUUGAAAUACGUUUCCUAAAUACAA